AUGACACCAAUGACACGGGUGGAAAGACCCCAGGAGUUUUGCCAGACGAAGAGUUUCUUGGCUUCUUCUGGAUGGGUCCUCGACGACGAUGUUGAACAUCUUGGAGAAGUUCUGGCCGAGGCAGUGGGAUGUCGCACCUUGAAUUCCACGGCCGGUGGUAGGGAUGUAUCCCUCGCAGGUGGUGGUGAAGAGGCCUCCGGCGAACUUCUCCUUCUCAGUCUUACGGCCUCUGAUGGUUGGGACAGCGAGGAGCUCAGAGUAAAUGCCUGCGUACCAUUCGAGAAUUUGUAG